AUGGCGUGGCCCUGCAUCACCAGGGCGUGCUGCAUGGCGCGCUUCUGGAACCAGCUGGACAAGGCGGACAUCGCGGUGCCUUUGGUUUUCGUCAAGUAUGCCGACGCCUCCGAGAUGCAGCACAUCCAGCCGCAGCAUCCGCAGCAUCCGCAGCAUCCGCACGAGAAACAGCCGCAGCAUCCGCAGGCCCGGGUCGCCAUAGAAACGCAGCCGUCCCGGGCGCCGCGGAGGAGCGUCUCCGAGGAGCGCGUGUGCAGCUCCGUGAUGCGCCAGGACUUCAAGCACUGGAGAGUCCGACCCGAACCCAGCUGUAAGCCCAAAAACGAGUACCACGGCCCCGAGACCCCGUUCAACACGGAGACCCAGUACCAGAAAGACUUCAAACCGUGGCCUCUCCCGAAGAGGUGCGACCACCCGUGGAUCCCCAAACCCUGUCCCUCCGCCUCCGCCGGAGAUGACCGCGCGACGGACAGACCCAGACAGCCCGAGCGCGCGCCGGCGGGGACGGAGAGCGGCGUGGAAAAGAGCGCCGUCGCCGACAAAGUGCAGGAGAAGGACACCCUGCACGGCGAGAGGAGACGGAGACCCACCCAGAAAGUAGAGGGGGAGAAGAAAGUUGUCGUCAAGGUGGAGGGAGGAGGGCCGGCGGCGGAGGGCAGAGGGAGGGCGGCGGUGGAUGCCCUGAACAGGCAGAUUAAGGAGGAGGUCACAGCUGGCAGCUCGUACAGGAAUGAGUUCAAGGCUUACAGGGAUGUUAAGCCAGCAAAGAUGAUUCGGGCCAAGUCCCAGUACCUUCCACCUGACGGGAAGACCAACUUGGAGACCAGCUACAGCGCCACCUAUAGGGGAGAGCAGGCCCAGCAGCAGCCCACCAACAAAAAUGCCAUGGAGAGGAGGAGGAUACGCAGCCUGUACAGCGAGCUUUACAUAGACCCCACCAAGCAGGUUGACAGGCACAGCAGCCCCCGCUCCAAACCCAAAAAGGCGGGGGCGCCGGCAGCAGGCCAAGGAAAGCCAGCGAAGAAGGCCAAAGAUAAGCAGAGUGGGGCGCCGAGGGGCGCCAAGAAGAAGACGUCAGAGAACCAGCCCGAAAACCGGCCGGUGGAGGGGGACAAGGAGAAAAGUAAAGAGAUGAACAACAAACUGGCUGAGGCAAAAGAGGUUGUGCUAAAACAACACCACUACAUACAACUCUGCCAGCCAAUCCGAGAUAUUGGCUGGGUGCAGACUCUUAAGCAACACCUGUGGGGCUGUGCACUACCCAAUCCCAGAGAUGCUAAGGACGAGGUUCUCCGACCCAGUAAUCAUCAUUCCCCGGGUGCUGCUGGAGGAGAACGAGAACCUCUGGUGGACCGACCCGAACCUCGGAAGAGCGGCGGGGGAGUCGUGCGCUUUGCCGUAGACGUAAAGCCGACAGAUUAG